GAGGGGCUAUAACCACGGCGUUCUGAGAGAACUGUGAAGACCCCUCUCCUCAGGCCCCUCUCCAGAAUGGCAAAGAAUCAGACCUGCUCAUAGGCAGGGGCGUGCAUUUCACCACUGUUCAGGGUGCCUCUUCCGCUGCUACAGAGUGGCCGAGCCUGGAGGCAGAAGCUAGUGGUGUUGAUGCGAACUGAUACAUUCAAGACUCAACUGUCCAGGGAAAGUGGCACGUAGCCGCGGCAGAUCCCAGAAGUGCAACUGGGGAACUUUCUCAGCCCGGCCCACAGGUUGCUGGAGGGUCAGAUUCAAAGGACCCGCCUUUCCCAGACCGGGACCCAGAAGGACGAAGGUUAUUACCAAGGCCACGUGAGGCUUAACCGCCCCUAAUAAGCCCUAAACAGGCAGGGCUAAUGAAAGACGAAAGUUAAGGAAGUCCCGACCUCUGAGACGCGGCGCUCCGCUGCCAAGAGCCGCUCUCUCAGCUGCUGUUCCCUCCAGAGCGGCGCCUCGUCCGUGCAGCCGAGCCCAGGUCGCGGCCGCCGAGCCAUGUCCCGCAGCUGUCAGGCCGAGCGCCUGGGGCUGCCCGCUCUGCCCGUCCCGCGGCGGCGGCGGCUGCUGCUGCUGCUGCUGCUGCUUGUGGCCUCCGCGGCGCCACCGAGCGUGGCAGAAGUCUUCUAUGCAACUGCAUACUGGAUACCUUCUGAAAAGAAAAUAGUAGUCAAGGAUAUACUGGACCAGAAUGGGGAUGCCUACGGCUUUUACAAUGACUCUAUGAAAACUACAGGCUGGGGCAUCCUGGAGAUCAAAGCAGGCUAUGGUUCUCACAUCCCGAGCAAUGAGAUCAUCAUGUUCACAGCUGGCUUUUUGGAGGGUUACCUCACUGCCGAACACAUGUAUGACCACUUCAUAAACCUCUACCCACAGCUGAUGAAGACACCUACCAUUGAGAAAAAAGUGCAGAAUUUUAUGAUGAAGCAGGAUCAGUGGGCCCGGAGAAAUAUCAGAGAGUACAAGGAGGAUCCAUUUUGGAGACAUACUGGUUAUGUAAUGGCACAAAUGGAUGGGCUUUAUGUAGGAGCAAUGAGGAAGUCCGUAUUACUUGGGUUAAAGCCUCUGAACCUGUACCAGAUUCAGUUCCUGAAUGCUGUUGGCGAUCUGUUGGAUCUGAUUCCUUCACUCUCUCCUGUAAAAAACGACAGUCUGAAGAUUUUUAAGAGAUGGGAUCUGGGACAUUGUUCUGCUCUCAUUAAGGUCCUUCCUGGAUUUGAAAACAUCUAUUUUGCUCACUCGAGCUGGUACACGUAUGCAGCCAUGCUCAGGAUAUAUAAACACUGGGACUUCAACAUCCAUGAUAUAAACACCAGCAGCAGUCGCCUCUCUUUCAGCAGUUACCCAGGGUUUUUGGAGUCUCUGGAUGACUUUUACAUUCUUAGCAGUGGUUUGGUGGUGUUGCAGACCACAAACAGUGUGUUUAAUAAAACUCUCCUAAAGAUGGUGACACCCCAGGCCCUCCUGGCCUGGCAAAGAGUCCGUGUAGCCAAUAUGAUGGCAAAUAGUGGCAGCAUGUGGGCAGAAAUUUUUUCGAAAUUCAACUCUGGCACCUAUAACAAUCAGUACAUGGUCCUGGACCUGAAGAAGGUAAAGCUGAACUGCGGUCUGGGCAGUGGCACUCUCUACAUUGUGGAGCAAAUUCCUACCUAUAUAGAAUAUUCUGAGCAAACUGAUAUUCUACGGAAAGGAUACUGGCCUUCCUACAACAUUCCUUACCAUGAAAAAAUCUACAACUGGAGUGGCUAUCCAAUGUUAGUUCAGAAGCUGGGUUUGGACUACUCUUACGAUCUGGCUCCACGAGCCAAAAUCUUCCGGCGGGACCAAGGGAAAGUGACUGAUAUGGAGUCCAUGAAAUAUAUCAUGCGAUACAACAAUUAUAAGGAGGAUCCUUAUAGUAAGAAGGAUCCCUGCAAUACCAUCUGCUGUCGUGAGGACCUGGACUCAGAGCACCCAGUCCCUGGAGGUUGCUAUGACACGAAGGUGGCAGAUAUCUAUCUAGCAUCACAGUACACAGCCUAUGCCAUCAGUGGUCCCACAGUACAAGGGGGCCUUCCUGUUUUUCACUGGAACCGUUUCAACAAAACUCUCCAUCGGGGUAUGCCAGAGACCUACAACUUUGAUUUUAUCACCAUGAAACCAAUUUUGACAUAAAAUGAAUAAGGGAGUUGAGGGAAUAGAAGGCUACAAAUAACAUACCAAAGGCAUUAUCUUAGCUAUGUUUUUCCUUUCAGAGUUAAUCUUAAUAAAAUUAAAUUCAUAAUUUGUCCCUUUCAUUUUCCACCGUUAUUAACAUAGUCACUAAAGGGUGGUGCACUGUAGAAGGAAUAUUAUUUAUGAUUACAAUAUCAGGCUUCAGCAUACACACUUAUGUACAAGAGGUUAUGGCAGAAACUUCUCCAUUGUUCACCAAAAUCUAUCCGCAACAUUUCUGCCUGGCUGCACAGCUAGAACUCAUGUCCCAGGUUCUCUUAAGUAGUUGUGCCAUGUGAUUGAGUUCAGGCCAAUGGAAUCUGAGAUGUAGUAAAUGGCAUAUCGAGGUCUGGUCCUUAAAAACCCGGGCCGCUCCAUGCUCCUUCCUUUUCUCCUGCCAGGAUAUGCUUAAUGACAAACCCUAGAGGAUGGUGGAACUGCAUUUCCAAAGGAACCUCUAAAAGAAAUUCGACUUGUUCUGGUCAUUAACAUGCUUCAGUUCAGUCUUUUUGUGGUGUAGCCUAGGCACAUAAUAUAGCAAGCCCCAAUGCUGUUUUCAUAUCCAAUCUGGCAGCAACUCUGCAUAGCAACUUUUCUUUCAAAGCUGGAGAACUGUAUUAAGAUUUGAGUUCCAGGGAAUUACCAAGGAGGUUAUAUAAGUCAUACUGUGUAGUGUAAUGGGUGAUUCUUAAGAUGAGAAAUUUUCAAAAGAAACGCAAGGGCUGAGAACAAUCACAAUGAAUCACAAUACACAGAAUGUUAGAAACCCAGUAGUUUAUUUCAAAGUAUAAAUUUCAGGCUUGCUGGACAAAACCCCACUACAAUUAACACUUAUACAGACAUUACUCUACUGUACGUUUAAAAAAGAAAAAAACAAAAAACAAAAACCCUUCAAUACCCAGUAGAAAUAGGGCAACUUGCUAUGGUCCAGUUUAUAUUAGAAUUAGGAAGGUCUUACAUUGUCUCAUUAUUUACACUUUGAGCUGCAAUAAAGAAAAAUCUGGAUGCAA